CAUGCUAGUUGUACUUCCCUUUUCACAUUUCCACACACAGAGUGAGAACAGCUUUUCAAAACAGGCUGAUCUGUAGCAGGAGCCAUUUCUGACUGUUACCUGCUGGACAAAUGUGCAUGUCAUUUAAUAAAGUACUCUGACGGCUGCCGACUGUGUCAACACACACUGAACAGUGAGGAGACAUGGAAGCUGUGCUGGGAUUGAUGGUGAUCCUACUGGGAGUGUCUCAUGGUGUGGAAACUUACUGUGAUGGCAGACAGAAUGGAACUCAGUGUUAUGGAGCUUUGGGAGGAACUGUGGACAUCCAGCUGAUGGACAGCAUCUCUGAAAUACCUAGAUACUACUUGUUAAAGGAUUCAUUAAAAAUACUACAUGUCAUAAAUAAUACGGUUAUUUCUAAUACCAUAGAACGCAGGUCUCUCUUUUUUCUCAGUAGUCGAAUAUUUAGGAUCAAUAACCUGAGCAGGACAGACAGUGGUGAUUAUACCCUUCAAACCUUUAAUUCAGAUGGAUAUUCAUCAGGCGAGCGGACUUUACAGUUGUUUAUUCAAGCUCCUGUGUCCUCUGUCCUGCUGGUCUCUGAGUGUCUGUCCCAGGGAGAGAUGAGGGUGUCCUGCUCCUCUGAGGGAGGGGACAGUCCUCUGUACAGCUGGACUCUGGAUGGACGCACACUGACAGAUGCUGAGCUCCUUUCUGGAAAUAAUGAGACUAACAACAUCACUCUGAAACAGCACAUCUCAGGACAUCUGGUCUGCUCAGUCAGGAACAACGUCAGUAAUGUCUCAGAAGAACAGAAGACCUGUAGUUUCAUUAACUGCACCUCAAUCAAUGAGACACAGAUAGUAGGGUGGGUGCAUGCAAACAGAAACAACCUGUGUAUUGAACCAACAACUGAACCUACACCAGUCACACCAACUGCAGUGGGUACUUCCUGGUUCAUAUUUGGCUUGAAAGCCGCUGUGGUAAUUCUGUCAUUAAGUGGGAUUUGGAUCUGGUUCACUUGGAAGAAAAAAACAAUAUUGGAAGUCUCUGCUGUUCCACAAAGGAUGGAAUCUCCAGAUAACUCUGUUUUAAUGAUUGAAAUGAGUCCUUACUCCAACACCUAGUGUCACCUUUCACCUGCUGUAUCGGAUAUCCGUGUAGGUGUGGAAAUAAAAACAUUUUUUCACAAGAUAACAACUGUGUAUAAAUGUCCAUAAAAAUGUGGUUCUUUCUGUAAUUUCUGUAAUUUUAUAUUUAGGUCCUCUUAAAUAUAAUCAAAGUGGAAAGAACUCUCUCUCCUUCAUAGCUUUUAUUUUGCAUUUACAUUUCAUCUGUAGUGCUGAAGGACACAUUUGUGUACGGAUGUUUUCACCAUUUGUUGUUUGUUGCUGCAUUUUAAAAUAAUCAACCAUAUAACUUAAAAUGUGAUGUCAGUGUGUGAAUAAAGUGCCAAUAAAAGAG